AUGGGAGACCUCGAUGAACAACAUAAAGAAUCAAUAUCGCCAUGCAGAAGCAGACGAAAGCCAAGGCCUGCUCUCAGACGUAUUCCCAAGAAGGAGCACAGCGAUUUCGAUCCGGGAUUUUUUCCAAGAUUGAGUGACAAGAAACUGGAAAAGAUGAGCAUCAAGGAGCUGAACGACUACACUCGACAGCUUCCAAAACAUCAGGUCCAAGGGCUCAAGAAAAGGAGGCGAAUUCUCAAAAACCGAAAAUAUGCCUUGAAAUGUCGAUUGAAGAGCAUAAGUAAGCGACAAUAUAUGGCAGAAGAAAAUCGGUCUCUAGAGAAAGAACUGUCAGCAACAAAAGGGGAACUUAAAACGAUUCUUGACGAAAGAGAUUACUACAAGUCGAAAUAUGUUCACCUCUGCAGCCGUGUCUUCGAGCACCGCAGUAAGAGCCAGCAACGUUGCUUGCUGAUUGGAGCGCUGCCAAAAUGA